CUUCCUCUCCAAAUAGCAUUACCAGGUUCAAUUUCAGAAUUCGACGCUCUUCAAAAUCUCGACCACGUUUCCAAAAUCCCAAAUCUCGAAUCUUCUUUGCCGAAUCAAAAUCCCGUUUCAAAAUCUCGAUCAGGUGUUUCACUUAAAUGAAGUUGUUCGCUGAACAAACCCUAGCCACGCCUUCCCAAAUCGUCAAAAUCCCAAUUCUCGAAUUCUCUUUGCUGAAUCAAAAUCCUGUUUCCUAUCAUGAUCAGGUGUUUCACUUAAUUGAAGUUGUUCGCUUAACAAACCCUAGCUACGCCUUCCCAAAUCCAAAUCGUCAAACUAGGUUCGCCGAAUCCGCUCUAACAACUCCGUCUCGGAUAGCUUUGUUGAAUCGCUUGCGUAGAGACUCAAGUGUUUGCAGAAGAUCAAUCAAAAUAUUCAUCCAGGUUCUUGCUUGCACCAAGUCUGUGGCGACUAAAAGUUAUAUGUGCUUGGACCUUCUUGCUGAUAUACCCCAUGGAUCUAAGUCAGAUAUUUGGUCUUUGGUCGAGGUCUCUGGUGAAGAAGAGUAUGCUGCGGAAAAUUGCCGAGCAUAGGCCAAGUGUAUGUUUUCUCCCAAGUAUUUCAUUGCAUUUAUCGAGUCGUGGAUUAAUUCAUGAAAACUAGUGCUAAGGAAGCUCUGGAAUCUGUAGAAGCCAAGGAAGCUCUUAUUGCUUGAUCAACUGGUGAAAAUGAGGUAAUUGAUGUAAAAUUUGCAAUAGUUAAUAAUCCUGUUUUGUUUAUCCUCAAGGGGGUUGUUAAUUUGGCUUGGGUGGUAUGUUGGGGUCUGCGGGCGUUCUUGAUUUAUUCUAGGCACUUUGGUCACCUCUCAAUUUCCUUGUUCGUUAUACUUCAGUCUCAAAGUUAAUGUAGUAAUCCCAAGUUCUGGUAUUAUUUCGGUCCAGGUUUUGCAUCAUUUGCUUAGCAGUGGUGGGGUUGUUGAUCGAUUAUUUUUUGUGGAGUUCACCCAUGUAGUUCAUUUUGUGUGUUCUGGGAUUAUUUCUAACAAAUGAAUUAGUUCCCUCUUGCUAGCUGGUUAUCUAUAUCCUUAUUUUUUUUUUUUUCAUCAUAUUCAUGUAUAAUCCAGAAACUGAGGACAUAGGAUGAAUUCAGCUGAAGAGAUUUUCUUCAAAUCUUUCUCACUUUGGGUCCGUAAUAAUAAUAUGCCGCUCCCAAAUAAAACUCAUUAUUAUGGAUGAUAACUUGAAAUGAACUAUAUACUUCAGCAUCAUUUUUCUUUUUCUGCACUUGGCCUCAAUUGAUACGAUGUAUUGUUAAUGGUGGCUUCAGCUCAUCAACAACCUCAUGAUGUUUCAAAUCAUGCAAAUGGAACCACCGGGUGGGAGUUGACACUUGUUACGGCUCGAAGUUCAAAUGAGAGUGCUGAAGCAACUAGCAAAUUGAUUGGGUCUGAAGAGGAUUACUUUGGUGUUUCUGAUAAAGUGGGCUGUGAGGGAUUCAACGACUCAACUUGCAAGUAAUAUCUAUUAAUGAUUUAUGGGUUUGCAUCUAUUUUUGAAGAUCAUAAUUCAAGAAAUUUAAAUAUCUUAUUCUUAAACUUUUGAUAGCCCGUGAGGAUUUGUGCAAGAGAAUUAAUUUCUCUCAAGUUCAAGCAGUUGGUGAAUUUAGUCAGCGUUCAAUUUUAUUACACUACACUAUGUGUUUUGUAAGGGAAAAGGAGAUAAAGUGACAUCAUCUUUUAAGAUAUUGCCAUGUGUUGAUUCUUGCAUUUCUUCUCUUGAAUCCUUCGUAAGAAAUAGCAUCUCUCAUUUUGUAAUAGAUGAUUUUGUAAGGUUCAAUUUGCUCAAACUACUCUAUAUUAAUUUGGUGUGACAUUAAUUAUAUGUUUAUGUUUUAGGUUAUUACUCUAUAUUAAUUCGUGGUACAUGGUUAUAUUUAAAACACUGGUUGACAUAUACAAAGUAAUAUAAUGAUAGUGUGCAGCUGUAUAUUCUGCAUAUAUGCAGGAUUUUUUUUUUAAUAAAAAACCUGUGGUACAAGAUUUUUUUCACUAAAUCUCAUGUGGCUGGAUUUUGUUUUAAGCUUCCUAAUUCAAUUGAUUGUUUAAUUUGUUUGUUUUUUAUUUGUAAUUUGAUUAUUUGCCUCCAAACUUAAAGUCCUGGUUGCAAUUUUUUGCUGACAUUUGAUAAUGGUCUUUCAGUUUCUGUGCGAAAUACACGUGCAGGUGCAUCUUCUGCAGAGACUUCUCUGAAGGUGCACCUUGUAAAAGGUUAGCUGCAAGUAUGCUUAGUGGAAAGAGACCUGUUCAGGCAGUGGUAAGUAACAUCUUGCUUGUAAUUAAAGCUAUGAUAUCAUUUUUGAUGCAUGUAAUGUGCAGACAACAAAAGUAGAUGGAGUUUUACAAAAGGCUGCAAAAACGAUUGAAGCACCUGACAAUGUUUUGGUAAUAUUAAGCUAUUCUUUUCUAGAUCUUGUCAUGUUGGUACAUUUUACAUGUAGUUUUUCUCAGGUGCUUUGAAUAUUUAUAAUGGGGAACUGUUCUAUAUUCUCAGGCCUUUCUAGAUAAUAAUUUCAUGAUUGUGUGAAAGUAAAA